AUGGCAUCGCAAUUUUACAAACGCUUCCUUCGAUUAGCUUCACGUUGGCCGCAACAUCCCGAGAAUUUGCAGGCAGCAAAUCGAGAUGCAGCGGUAUUUCUGAAGAAUGAAAUAGAACGAAUAUUUCGAAAAGAGCAAAAUAUUUUCCAGAAUGAAUUUUGCGAAAAACGAUUUGAAAGUUUGGAACAGCUUGUUUCGAAUAGCCAUUUGGAUAACUUCCCCUGUAAUUACAAAGCAGGUGCGCUGGCUUUGUCGCUUAAACAGUUAAGGAGGAUAAAUUCACCAGAAGGACGUUUUAUGUUAGGCCUAGAAUUACAACCACCUGGAACAGACACAGUUAAUAAAGGAAUCUUUGCCAGCCUAUUCAGUAAAGUGAAAUUGGCACUAUAUCGUAAAGGACUUUUGAGGAAGUCACCGAUUGAAUUUUCAGAUAUUGAGUUAGAUAUUUCAGCAUUACCGAAACCUAAAAGAGAGUCGGCGAGAUGA